GGGGCCGAGGCCACCUGGGGACGAGGCGGGGCGGCUUGCUGCAGGACGAGGCGGACCCUCUUCCUCAUCCUCACCCCCUCCCAGCUGCUGAGAGGAAGGCAAUCUCUCUCUCCCCCCCCCACCCCUCUCCUUCUCUCUCCCCCUCCGCCUCCAAACCUCCCCUUGACACCGUCGCUCCCUCUCCAACAAACGAUGCGCUUUUACGCGUAGAACGCGCACGGGAGGGGAGGACGCACUGCCGGCGAGGAAGCGGCGUCUGCCCGGCUUGCAGAGCCGACAGGAACGGGCCACUCGGCCCCCUCCGGGUUUUUUUCCCCUCCUCCCCCCUCCCCCGCUCGUUCACUCACCCACCCCGCGUUCUCCAGCUGCUCAGAUCCGCCGAGAUCCCAACGAUUCACUCCCUCCCCCCCACCGCUCUGCCGCUGCUGCUGCCGUCGCCUUCCCAAUUCUCCUCCUUUGUGUCUGGCUCCUGGAAAUUCACAGCAACCAGCCUCGCUCCCUCCAGCUCCAGCUCCUGUGUCGGGCGCAGAUCGGGGACCGGGCUGCGGUAAAGAAGGAGGAAGAUGACACAGCCUCCACGGCGGCUUACCAGGAAGGAGGUCACCCGCCUUGCCAAAGCCGGCAGGAUCUCCUGCACCUUCUCAGCCAAUGCAGCCCCCUCGCCUCAAACCGUGGCCUUUUGACCUGGCCGGAGGAACCCUCACCAGCGGGUCCGUGGCCCCAGCCGUACAGCCCGCUUCAGAGGAGGAGUCGGUCGUCCCCGUGGCCUAACGGUCCGGGUCAAAGGGGCAGGAAUCUGCGGAAGCCAGCUGGAGGUUGCCCAGGUCCCCUUCCCCAUCUGAGCUCAGCCCGGCUUCCAGGCCCGCAGGAGCCUCCGCGAGGUGCCUGCAGUGGUUUCGGAAGUGGCAGCUGGCUUCUGCAAGAGAGGGCUGGUCCGGGCUGGGCUGGGCUGUGACGGCUGGAGAGAGAGAGAUCAGAGAACGGAACAGGCCCGGGCCCUCCGAAAGCCAGGCAACAACCAGCGGGUUCUCAGAGGCCCUGCACAAAAAGAGCAGAGGUCUUCACUCUGGGUAACUGGCAGCACAAGGAAAAGUCGAAGUUGGCCGGUUUGAGCUUCCCUGUGUGCUUUGAGAAGACGCACACGCCUUGAUGGUGGGGCGUGGGCUUCUCAUUCCCUGACGAAAGCAACCUGGUCUGAAAACAUCCUGUCUCUUCUGGUUGCCCUUUGGGGCGAUUGAACAGUUUUGUUUGCUCCUUACCCCAACGUCGUACCCCACCCCUACACGAAACAGUCAGACGUGCUUCUAAAACUUGCCUCCGUUAUCUUUCUACGAGAUGGUUCGGUCCUGAAAAAUAAUAAUAAAAAGGAAAGGAUCCAUUCUCCCGCUUUUGCAUUUUUGUUCUCAUCGCCCAAGAAGACGGAUCGGGGACGUGUUUCUGCUCGGGGGACCCUCGGGCUCCGAAGCGUUGGACUGAGAAGUGGGGGAGAUGUUACCUUCGGAAGCGCCGUGAGACCGGGCGUGUGCUCCUCCGGCGUUCCCCGACAGAUGGCGCGGACGCCGGCCUGGUGACCCCGCCUGCCUCCCAUGCCCGGCCUGCAGGGGCAGCCACCAUGGCACGGCCUGGCACGGGGAUGCUGGUCUUGGCAAAUGGACUGGGCUUCCCCCCGAGUAACGUGGCCCGCGUCGUGGUGUGGGAGUGGCUGAACGAGCACGGGCGCUGGCGGCCCUACACGGCGGCUGUCUGCCACCACAUUGAGAACGUCCUGAAAGAGGAUGCCCGUGGGAGCGUGGUCCUGGGACAGGUGGAUGCCCAGCUCUCUCCAUAUAUCAUCGAUCUGCAGUCCAUGCAUCAGUUCCGUCAGGACACAGGGACGAUGCGUCCCGUUCGAAGGAACUUUUAUGACCCGUCCUCUGCUCCCGGCAAGGGGAUAGUGUGGGAAUGGGAAAACGACAACAACUCCUGGACGCCCUACGACAUGGACAUUUGCAUCACCAUCCAGAAUGCGUAUGAGAAACAGCACCCUUGGCUGGACCUCUCUUCGCUGGGAUUUUGCUACCUGAUCUACUUCAAUAGCAUGUCUCAGGUGAACCGGCAGACGCAGCGGAAACGCCGUCUCCGGAGGCGCAUGGACCUGGCCUACCCGCUCACCAUGGGCUCCAUCCCCAAGUCCCAAUCCUGGCCUGUGGGCACCAACUCUGGGCAUCCCUGUUCAUGCCAGCAGUGCCUGCUAGUCAACAGCACCCGAGCGGCCUCCAACGCCAUCCUGGCCUCCCAGCGCAGGAAGGUGUAUUCGGGCAACGUCAACGGGACGCUGGCUGUCCGUCAGAGCAAUACGUUCAAUGGGACGGCCCUGUGGUCUUUGGGGACCGUGCCAGCUGGCGGGACAGCCAAGAUCGAGCAGGUCCGCUCAGCCAAUGGGAUGCAAGUCGCCACCUUCUCGCGAAGUCAAAGUGCUCCCAGCCACACCCAGCUCCCUGGUCAAAACAACCUGAACCGGCCGGGUACACAACGAGUGGCCAUUCUCAGUACCAGGGCUUCCAUCCCACCAGGGGUCCCUGCCCUCCCAGUUAAGAACCUGAAUGGAACUGGUCCAGUCCACCCUGCCUUGGCAGGGAUGACCGGCAUCUUGAUGUGUGCUGCGGGUCUGCCCGUUUGCCUCACCCGAGCCCCAAAGCCAAUCCUGCACCCGCCACCUGUCAAUAAGAGCGACAUGAAGCCGGUGCCAGGCAUCGCCGGGAUUUGCCGGAAGACUAAGAAGAAGCAUUUGAAAAAGAGCAAGAACCCCGAGGAUGUGGUGCGGCGUUAUAUCCAGAAGGUGAAGAACCCUCCUGAUGAGGACUGCACAAUCUGCAUGGAGAGACUGGUGUCUUCGUCAGGUUACGAGGGCAUCCUCAGGCACAAAGGCGCCAAGCCGGAGCUGGUGGGCAAGCUGGGGAAAUGCGGGCACGUGUACCAUCUCCUCUGCCUGGUGGCGAUGUACAACAAUGGCAACAAGGAUGGCAGCCUGCAGUGCCCCACUUGCAAGGCCAUCUAUGGGGAGAAGACUGGGACUCAGCCCCCUGGGAAGAUGGAGUUCCACAUUAUCCCACACUCGCUCCCUGGCUAUGUGGACUACAAAACCAUUCGCAUUGUGUAUGACAUUCCCACGGGGAUCCAGGGCGCAGAGCACCCAAAUCCUGGGAAGAAGUUCACUGCGCGAGGCUUCCCACGACACUGCUACCUUCCUGACAACGAGAAAGGCAGAAAGAUCCUGAAACUGUUGAUCGUGGCUUGGGAACGCCGGCUCAUCUUUACCAUCGGGACGUCCAACACGACGGGGGAAUCCGACACGGUGGUGUGGAAUGAGAUUCACCACAAGACCGAAUUCGGCUCCAACCUCACAGGCCACGGCUACCCCGACUCAAACUACCUGGACAACGUCCUGGCCGAACUGAUGGCCCAGGGGGUCUCGGAAACCUACCUGAAGGACUGAGGAGGCGUCUCCGCUCUGCCCCUGUUUAUCCCGCCUGCACUUUGCCACGUGCUGCGUGGAAGCGUGAAUACUGCCUGCCUCCGCCCGUCCUUCCGUCCGUCCGUGUGUGCGUCUGUCUGUCGAUUUGGCUCUCCACCAGCAUUCAGGAUAGAUCCCUUCACUCUCCCGCGUUUGCUUCUGCUGCCUUGACUCCGGAUGACCUGCGCGCAGCAUCGCCCAGUGUGGCUAAAAGAAACCCGCCGGGACGCACUUCUGCUCCCGGAACAGGACUGUUUAGAUCCCCUUCUGUUUUCCCUGCUGGAGGCGUGGCAGGAAGACCACACGAAACGGCGCAAGUGAGCAACUGAUACAAAUACUCCGCUGUUCUUUUCUUUUUGAUAUAUAUAUACACACACACACACAUAUAUAUAUAUAUUCUUGGCAGUCUGCAAUAUUCCUCUUGCCCCGACUGUAUAUGCGCUGCGCGUAAGACACUCUGUGUGACGUCUCUGCAGCUCUUGCAUGGGAUUUCUGACGCACUAGAGGAGAACGACGGAGCCAAUCGCGCUUCGUCCAGGCCCCACCUCAUUGUCUCGCCUCCCCUCUUGGAACCUUCUACGCCUCUCCCUCCCGGCUCCCUGUUUCUUCCCGCGAUGUCUUUGCCACUCUGCCGGGAGGCAGCAGGAAGGAACCGCCGUUUGGGAGGCUCGAAAGGGUGAAGACCGAUGUAACGUCGCAGCGGCGGGUUCCCUCCAAACGUUUAUCGCUCUGUCCGCAGACCAUUGCAACAGCGUCGGGUUCCCAUUUGCACCUCAGCUUUGCAAAUUGCCUUACACACAACCAUGCCGAUGGCUGCUUCUUGCCCCUAGGAAGAGCAAGAAGGAAUCGCGGCGAGGCCAGGAACCACAGCUUUCUCUUCUUCCCCACAGCCAGUUCCCCCCACCCAGCGCUGGUGCCACGCCACCGAUUUGGCUGCCGAAAUUCAGUGGUGCGGCGGUGGCGCCAAACAUCGCCCUGCCCUCCAUUUUUCUUUAAACCCAAGCACCCCCAAAAAAAGCGCAGCUUCUCGGGAAGCAAAUUUGCAACCUCCCAGGAAACUUCGCCAGAGCGCUGCUGUGCUUCUCAACUCCGCUGCUUCAUUUGAAUGGAAAAUCGCAGCAGGGGGGGUAGAAAAAGUGCCUGGGGCUGCAUGCGACCCUCUCUCUCUGGCUUUUGGCCCAGGUAGAUGCGAUGCUUGGUGCGUUGUUUGCUGUUGCGUCAAUUGGUUUUAUUAAAAAUAAAUAAACAGCCAGCA